AACUCAGUGGGCACUGAAUAAUAAUCUGGGAGCAUUUCAAUUUGUCAUUUUUUUUGUCACUUACUCUCAGUUGUUAUUUUACAGGCCUUUCCUUGGCAUAAUCAAUAAUUUACUUCAGUUGUUGUCAUUAAAGUAGGCCUCGCACGCCCUGGUGUCAACCGUCAAACCCCAGGACAGUAGAUAUAUUUUCUAAUCUUAUCUACCUGAAGGUCUGGGAGUAGAAGUCCUGCAAGUUGAACCAGGAAGUUUCAAGUCACUGCCGCUGCUGUUUUCUCUGGAACUGGACCCAGGCCCAGGAAAGCCACCAGGAUAGAGCAUAGAGGCUACUUCGGUUUUUGAAGAAUCUUCAGCUUUGGCUUGGUUCGGUGUGCUAAGCUUAUGAUUUAUCAUGUAUAAGUUCAAGAAAGGUACAGGGUCAAGUUCUUCAGCGAGUAGUGCUGCCCCGGGUUCAUCAAGGCCGGGUAUGAAGUUUUCCACCAAUGUGGCCAUCAAGCCAGAUGAACCUGGCAAGGUUGAGAAUGUUGUAAGGACAGAAGGCUCCGAAAGUGAUACUGCCCAUCCGAGUCAUCCUCAACCUCCAUCCAAGCUGUCACCUCGUGACAGUCAGUCCCAGAAAGAUUUGAUGAUCAGCUACAGUCAUGCAGAUAAAGAUUUCAUGCUUAAAAUAAGAGAUACUCUGGAGAAAAAUGGCAUCUCUGUGUGGGUGGAUGUGUCUGGUCUGCAGGCAGGUGUCGAUUUCCUCAGCAAAAUUGGGGAAGCCAUCAUAGACUGCAAGUUGUUCAUAUCUUUGCUGAGCACGUCGUCUGUCAAGUCCAAGUACUGCCAAGAUGAGCUGGCCCUGGCGUACGUGUCAAACCGAGCCAUCUUUCCGUUGGCCCUUGAUGAACCAGAUGAACUUUACCCUCUCAUGGACACCGGCAUGAAGCUGCAGCUGGCCCGCUAUGAGUGGACGUUGCUGGGCAAAGACGAGAGCAGUUUUGAGGAAAAGUUUACCGUGCUGUUGGACUCCAUGAAGGAAGAGUUGAUGAGGCAGGAGGAAGAUGUUGAGGGAAAGAAUGUUGAGAAGGACAGCGAAGAGACAAAGAGCAGACCAAAACUUGAGCGACAGCAAACUCGCCAGAACCUGAACCGUAAGAACAAGCGACAGGAAAGCACACCACGCCUGGCGGUGGAGAGCCUGGAGCCCGACAAGUACUGGAAGGAUAUGUUUGGGCCCAAGGACGAGGUGCAGUGGGAGAUAUUUAUGGAAAAGUUCAAGAAAGACUUUGAAACUCCACUAAGUCGAAUGUUUUGUGAAAAAGAGGAAAUUGACUUCUUGAUGGGCGUUCUGUAUAGAGAGAUGGAAGUCGAAGAAGGAGUUCUCUACAAGCAUGACUUUAUGGCAUUUUGCAAUGUGGAAGGCAACUACUACCCUCUAUGGGAGCGUGUGGACGAGCAGGCCCGAGAGAGCUGGUCCAUGAAGGAAGUCUUUGACAUGGAGUCUUCAGUGCGUGUGGAAGCCAUUGAGAACCUUGGCAAGUUCCACAGCGCAGCCGUCAUUGACGCGUUACGCGACCUGCUCAACGACGUGGAUGCCAACGUCCGAGCGGUGGCAGCCGUGUCCCUGGCCAGGACAGAGACUAACGACCCCGUGACCAACAAGUUUCUGAUGAAAACGCUCAACGACAAAGACCGCUUGGUCCGGGAGGCUGGCUGUCUGGCCCUGGGCCAUCUCAAGGUCAAGCAGGCGGUCAGCAAACUGCUUCAUUUGUGGAGGAAUGAUGUUAUCUCACAUGUCAGAGAAGCCGCUAAUGUCGCGCUCAACCAGAUUGGUGGCCCGGAGGUGGAGAAGCAGAUGAAGGUCACCAAAGUCUUGGCCGAUGAAAUUCGACAGUUGACUGUCUCCUGAUCUCCCAGGACAGACAUCUUUCUACAAGAGUUUUAUAAGACUGUUUCCACAGACACCCUGUGCAGUGUCCAUGUCUUUUGUUUCUUUUGUUAGCACCUCAUGACUCUGUUAAUGUUGUAAUUGAGCCUGAUGAUUGCUCUUACUGGUUCAGUAACUGUCAAAGCUUAAUGGUCUUGGUGUUGUGCUGGCUUAAAUGAUGGUUAUGGUGAAAUUUUUAUUCAUAACAAUAAUGACACAGUUUUAUAAAUAACCAAAGCUCUUUUCUUCCGUUAGGCUGAGGUUAUAUUUUGAGAUAGAGAAAUCAACUUUUACAAAACAUAGUAGUGACAGUAAAUAAGAAUUCUCUUUAAUAUUUGAUAAAAUUACUUUUUUGUGUCAUAAUAGUUAUGAAGAACAAUAAGUGACAAAAAAACUUAUCUAUUUUGUGUAUUUAUUUGACAAAAUUGUACUCAAAGAUUGAAGUCCUGUCUGAUUAGUACUAAGUGAUAAAUAAAAGACAAUUAAACAAUUAUUUUUUUGAGGCACACCGGUCCAAGGGCAUAUGAAUAAAUUACAGGUUUGUUCGUAACCAUGAUGACGUACUGUCUUGUUCAUAACUGUCAUGACAAAUUUUUGUUUGGGCCUCCAAUAUUUACUUAUUGAUUUGUUAUUCAUAUAAAAUACUCUUCAUUAAGGAGACUCUCCUCAAAAUGAGCAUAUGUGUGGAUAUUAAUUCAAAGUUUAUAUUCAAUAGAAAAUCCCUCAAACAUGUUAAACAGUUCAUUCAUAACUAUUAUGACAAACUUCAGUUGGGGCCCAAAAAUUAAUAUAUUUAAUCUGUCAUUCACAUAAAAUGCUUUAUUACAUGAGCAUCAGACUCUCCUCAUAAUAUUAUGCAUCAGUGCACAUGAAUUCAGAGUUUUUUACCAUUGAAAAGCACUCAAAAUAUAUUUCAUUGACAAUAAAUAGUUGGUUCAUAACCAUAACUGCUAAAGUAAGGUACAAAUUAAAAUACAUACCCAUACAUUGAAAAUUUUGAUCAAAACACCAGAAUGCAAGAUAGACAUAAUACAUCCUACAGUUGGCUUAAAAUUAAGAUUUGGAUAUCAAAACAACUGUAACUUGUUCAUAAUUUUGGACGACCCAUUAUGACCUGCUUGUUUUUGCCUCUUCUUCACACUUCUUUAGGAUUAUCAGCUUGCUGCUCUUACAUGUUUAUGCAACAGUGUAAAAGGUGGUUGCGAAAUAGCGGAAAGUCCUACACAUGAUAUUUUGCGUAAAUAUGAUCAAUUUGUUGGUUCAUAACAUUAUUGUGGUAAAGUUCUGGUGAUCAAUGUCACUUUUCAACAAAAUCAUGUGGCUAGGAGGUAAGUGAUGCAUCUUGUGGACCAAUGAAAAACCAAUGUGUAACGCAAGUCAUUCAUGGUGAUAGUAUUUUUAUUGAUGUAGGUUUUCUAGUUCUAGGAACGUCUGAUGAUAAAAUUAUGACUCGAGAUAUUUAUGAACGUCAACAUUUUAAACAGUAAUGAUAUAAUCAAUGUGUAAAAACGAAACCCUGUCAAUAGAGUCAUGACAUUAUGAUUGUGUAAAUGUUUUCAGUGUUUGAUUGUACCUUGCUUAAUAGUUUUGGAUUAUACUUAACCAUUUAUUAUGUGUAUACUCGAGAUCAAGAAAAAA